AUGACAGACACGCGGGACAAGAUUGUGAAUAUCGAUGCAGCUGGUGAUAUCAUUCUAGUUGUUGGACCUGAAAAGCUGAGGCUCCGCGUGCGGUCACUUUUCCUCAAGGCAGCUUCGAAACUGUCAGGUACCAUCUUGGGACCAGACUGGAAGGAAGGCCAUGAUAUACUAGGUACGGGUCUUCCCGUAGAAAUAGUACUGCCCGAAGAGAAUGCGACGGCGCUGAGAUGUAUUUGUGCAAUUUUGCACCAUCAGAUCAAAUUGCUACCUCAGAUCAUGGCUGUAAAUGAUGUUCUCAGAGUCGCUGUCACGGCGAACAAGUUCGGCGUUGUUGACGCUUUAACUUUUGCCAGUCAAUUCUGGCUAUAUCCCCUCAAUAGGGGAGCCAAUGAUCUUAUUGCUCUUGCGGCCGCGGCGAGCUUGUUUAAGAACGCACAAGCAUUCAGAGACAUUACAAAGGCCCUGGUUCUCAACUACGGUGACUCUUACCUUGCCCUUUUGAGCGAAGACAUUAUGCCAAUCUUGGGUGAGAGAGUUUUCUGUCUGCUAGAAGAGCAAAGGGGCUUUGCGAGGCUGAAGUUGGGAGAGAUUCUGAUUAAAGGGAUCAAUGCUCUGGCGUGUGUCCACAGAUGCGGAUGGACAAGCAAAUACGCAUUUGCCUACAUGAAACUACUCGAGGCACAGGAUCUUUGGCCGACUUCCUUGUUUGUCGUCGCCGAGGCUAUAGAGCGAGCAAAUAUGAUGCCGGAUCCAAUUCCAGAGGAAUCCAGUGCCCAAUGCAGAUAUGGAUACAAGCAUUUUGUGCCAGAAUAUCGGAAGUCCUUUCGCUAUGGUUUGGAUGAUUUGACAAGUCGAAUUGGGAUCUGUCUACACUGUUUUCAUUCUAACCAAGCGGGUCCGGCCUUUUGCCAGACGGCACAUGAGCAUCAGAACUUACCGGACCAAUAUUAG